AUGGAGUUUUUCUCAAGACAUCUCACUGUUGCUCAACAAAACAACACCAUCAAAUGUAUUAAAGUGGCUGCUCAAUUUUCAACCAUUAAUCAUUUGCUUUUUGAAGAUAACUGCUUGAUCUUCAAUCAAGCAACUCUUACUCCAGUUAAUAAUCUUCUGGAGUUACUUCACAAUUUCAGUUCUCAGUCAGGACAAGUCAUAAACUUUGACAAGUCUGCAGUGUAUUUCAUCAAAAAAACUAAACCAGAGACCGCAGAAGUUUUGACUCAUAUUCUUGGUGUUAAAACAAUGAAUUCUAAAGAGAAAUAUUUAGGGUCUCCUUUAAUUCUUGGUCACUCUAAACAAGAGUCUUUCAAGUCUAUAAAGGAAAAUUUCCUCACAAGAUUUUCCACUUGGUCUUCAAUUUCACUCUCUCAAGCUGGUAGAGGUACUAUACUAAAGCAUGUUCAUAAUUCAGUUCCAAUAUGUCAAAUGGGAACUUCCAAACUUCCUAACGAUCUUCUAAGUCAGCUUACUUCUAUUGAGAGGAAAUUCUUCUGGGUAUAUAAUUCUAAUAGAGGAGCUAAUCUUCUAGCUUGGCAGAAAGUCUGUACUUCUAAGGACAAAGGAGGGCUUGCUUUUAGAGAUUUGGAGAAGCUCAACUUGGCACUCUCACUAAGUUGGCAUGGAGAAUAUGCAAUGAAUCCAAUCAUCUCAUGGUUCAAGUUUUGA